UGUCGCUGCCGGCGCCCACCGAGAAGCGUAUUCCCUUCCCAGGUUGUCGUCUGACGGACCUUCUGCCUUAUUCUGCUGGUGCCGCUUGGGUAGGGGCGCGGGGAGGAGACCCCGCGGCGUUUCUCUCGGUUGGAAUAAGACGAGCUUUCAGGAGACGUUGAGGCGGGAGAGAUGCCGGCCGCUCAGAAGCCCAUGCGGUACGGGCACACGGAGGGGCACACGGACGUCUGCUUUGACGACUCCGGGAGUUAUAUUGUGACUUGUGGAAGUGAUGGCGAUGUGAGGAUUUGGGAGGACUUAGAUGAUGACGACCCUAAGUCCAUUAACGUUGGAGAGAAAGCAUAUUCCUGUGCCUUGAAGAAUGGAAAAUUGGUCACUGCUGUUUCUAACAAUACUGUUCAAGUCCACACUUUCCCUGAAGGCGUUCCCGAUGGCAUACUGACUCGCUUCACUACAAAUGCAAACCACGUGGUCUUCAAUGUGGAUGGCACUAGAAUUGCUGCUGGGUCUGGUGAUUUUCUAGUCAAAAUUGUGGAUGUGGCAGAUAGCAGCCAACAGAGAACACUGAGAGGACACGACGCCCCUGUUCUGAGCCUUUCCUUUGAUCCUGAGGACGUCUUUCUGGCGUCAGCUAGCUGUGAUGGAUCUGUCAGGGUGUGGCAAAUUUCAGAUCAGACAUGUGUUGUUAGUUGGCCACUGCUGCAAAAAUGCAACGACAUGACAAAUGCAAAAUCCAUCUGCAGACUCGCGUGGCAGCCGACAGACGGGAAGUUACUGGCAAUUCCUGUUGAAAAAUCUGUUAAGCUGUAUAGAAGAGAAACUUGGAGUCAUCAAUUUGAUCUUUCAGAUAAUUUCAUAUCUCAGACCCUCAAUAUAGUUACCUGGUCUCCCUGUGGGCAAUAUUUAGCUGCAGGUAGUAUUAAUGGCUUAAUUUUAGUAUGGAAUAUUGAAACCAAAGACUGCAUGGAAAGAGUGAAGCAUGAGAAAGGUUAUGCAAUUUGUGGCCUGGCCUGGCAUCCUACUCGCAGGCAAAUAUCUUACACUGAUGCGCAAGGCAGUCUGGGGCUCCUGGAGAAUGUUUGUAGCUCCCCCAGCAGGACACCAGGCAGCAAGGUAUCAAGCAGAGAGGAAAAGGAUUACAAUGAUCUUUUUGAUGGAGAUGAUACAAGUAAUGCUGGUGAUUUUCUAAAUGACAAUGCAGUUGAGAUCCCCUCUUUCUCCAGGAGGAUUAUAAAUGACGACGAGGAUGAUGACGACCUCAUGAUGGCUUCAGGUCGUCCCAGACAGCGGAGUCACAUCCUAGAAGAUGAUGAAAAUUCAGUUGAUGUUACAAUGCUAAAAACUGCUUCUAGUCUUCUCAAAGAAGAGGAGGAAGAUGAUCAAGAAGGCAGCAUUCACAAUCUGGUGACAUCUCAGAGGCCACUCUAUGAAGGACCCUUGCCGACUCCCCGGCAGAAGCCCUUCCAACCAGGUUCUACACCCUUGCAUCUCACUCACAGAUUCAUGGUGUGGAACUCUGUUGGAAUUAUUCGCUGCUAUAACGAUGAGCAGGACAGUGCCAUAGAUGUGGAGUUCCACGACUCUUCCAUGCACCACGCCACGCACUUGUCCAACACUCUGAACUACAGCAUAGCAGACCUUUCCCCUGAAGCUCUUUUGUUGGCAUGUGAAAGCACUGAUGAGCUAGCAAGCAAGCUUCACUGCCUGCACUUCAGUUCUUGGGACUCAAGCAAAGAGUGGCUCAUAGAUAUGCCUCAGAAGGAGGACGUCGAGGCCGUGUGUCUGGGUCAGGGAUGGGCUGCCGCUGCCACCAGCGCCUUGCUGCUGCGGCUCUUCACCAUCGGGGGUGUUCAGAAGGAGGUCUUCAGUCUCCCCGGGCCUGUGGUGUCGAUGGCAGGACACGGAGAACAGCUUUUUGUUGUUUAUCACAGAGGUACAGGAUUUGAUGGGGAUCAGUGCCUUGGAGUUCAACUGCUAGAGCUGGGGAGGAAAAAAAGACAAGUUCUGCACGGUGACCCUCUUCCGCUCACAAGGCGAUCCUAUCUUGCUUGGGUUGGCUUUUCAGCUGAAGGAACCCCCUGUUAUGUGGAUUCAGAAGGCAUUGUCCGAAUGCUUAAUAGAGGGCUUGGGGACACCUGGACUCCCAUAUGCAACACGAGAGAGCACUGCAAAGCAAACUCUGACCACUACUGGGUGGUUGGCAUCCAUGAAAAUCCCCAGCAACUAAGGUGCAUCCCUUGUAAAGGCUCUCGGUUUCCCCCCACCCUUCCACGGCCUGCUGUAGCUGUAUUACCCUUUAAGCUUCCUUACUGUCAGAUUGCAACAGACAAAGGACAGAUGGAGGAGCAGUAUUGGCGUUCAGUUACAUUCCACCACCACCUUGCUUAUCUUGCUGACAACGGCUAUGAAUACGAAGAGAGCACGAAAAAUCAGGCCAUAAAAGCACAACAGGAACUUUUAAUGAAAAUGCUGGCACUUUCUUCUAAACUGGAGCGGGAUUUUCGUUGUGUGGAACUUGCUGAUCUGAUGACUCAGAAUGCUCUGAGUUUAGCCAUUAAGUAUGCUUCUCGUUCUGGGAAAUUAAUGUUGGCCCAAAGACUUAGUGAGCUGGCUGCAGGGAAGGCAGCUGAGCUGGCUGCAGCCAGUGUGGAACCGGAAGAGGAAGAAGAUUGCAGGAAAAAGCUGAGUGCUGGGUAUAGUAAUACUGCUCCAGAGUGGAGCCAGUCAGGGCUCAAAAAUCCAGUUGAAGACGACGCUGAGGACAGUGGAGAAGCUGAUGAUGCAGAAGAAGAACCAGAAGCAGGACUGAACUCAUUUUGCAAAAGUGCAAAUUUCUCUGACGUUCCAGCGAAGGCAGGUGCAGUUAUCUCUAGCAGCCAAGGACGAGUAAACCCCUUUAAGGUAUCAGCCAAUUCCAAAGAGCCAGGUAGGUCAGUGAAUUCACCACAUUCAAGUAAUAUCUUAGACAAUAUGACCAAAUCAUCUAAGAAGUCCACAGCAGUUCAUCGAGCGACAAGUAGUGAGAAGUCUCCAGUCAUAAAGCCUCUGAUUCCAAAGCCAAAGUCUAAGCAGGUAUCUGCAGCAUCCUAUUUUCAGAAAAGAACUUCUCAAGCCAAUAAGACUGAAGAACAAAAAGAAGAAAAUUCUAAAAAUCUAUCAUCUGAAGCACCUGCUAUAAGUCAUGAAAACGUUGAAAACCAAAGGCCAAAGACUGGAUUCCAAAUGUGGCUAGAGGAAAAUAGAAGUAAUAUUUUGUCUGAGAAUCCUGACUUUUCAGAUGAAGCAGACAUCAUAAAAGAAGGAAUGACUCGAUUUCGAGGAUUAUCAGCGGAAGAAAGGAAGGCCUGGACUAACAAGGCCAAAGGAGAAGCUGCAGCUGAUGAAGCUGAAGCAAAGAAGCGGAAACGUGUGGCUGAUGCAAGUGAUGAAACCAAAAUCCAGGAAGAAGCAGCAAAGGAAAACCUGAACUUGCCUAAGAAGCAAAAACCUUUGGAGCUCUGUACAAAUCAGAAAUUAUCAGCUUUUGCAUUUAAGCAGGAAUAAAGGGAGAAAGUGACCCUAGGAAAGCAAUAGCUUUUUUAUUCACCCUUAAUGAGUCUGGACUUUUUCAAUCUUUAGGAAACUUAUUAUUACAUAUAUUUUUAAAGAGUGUUAAGACACCUGUUUGUCUUUAUAGAAACUGUAGUAAUUACAUUGGUGUAGGUAACAACAUGUGUAAAAGCUGCAUCUUUGCAGAUUACUCUGCCCCCUAAUGAGGGCCUUUCAGAGGUGGUGUGGUUGUGAUUAUGGCCUUGAGCCACCACCAUUUCAGCGGCUCCUUGUCUGGUUUUUGUCAUGUGCUAGAAGGUACAAUAGUCUUCCUCCCAAGUGUGUUACCACAGACUGUAUUCUAUGUCAAUACCAGGCCUGGGGACCAGGUGUUUUCACGUGGACCCUAAACAUGUAAAUAAUCUUGUAGAUGGUACUUUUUCUUUUGUGUGUUUUGGAAAUUUCUUCCUAUGGAACUUCAGUUAUUUGUUUAU